AUGGAAAUUAUUGAAUUUACUUUGCCUGAUCUUGACUUCAAGGCAGAUCGGCAUGUUGUAAACGGGCCUUCUCAGCCUUGCUUGCAACAACAAACUCCGCCGACCUCAGACAUUGGAAGCCCAGACACCGGAACCAGUGAAAGCAACAUUGAUUCUCAAACUGUUCCACACAUUGCAAGGCUACCGUGUCGGUCCAGUUCUCCUGUUCAUGGCACCUCAAUGAGGUUACCGGGCUUGGAAGCAUUUGACCGAGGAGUUGAGGCUCUUGCACGAUUUGAUACUCGCAGAGGCGACCGUUCUCUCAAAGGUCUACUUCCAAGUCCUAUCCCACGCGCUCGCAAACCAGUGCAACCGCUUCCUCCGCCUCGACUAUUAUGGUCACCCUGGAAUCUACCAGAUGAACUCUCCAGUCCUGAAAGAAGUGCCUCACCCCCAGAGACUGCAAUCGGUCUUGGUAUCAGCUACCCAACUAAGAGUCAUGGCUACGAUGGCUUCCUUGGAAAUCGUUCAUUUUCAUUCAUUGGCAGGCGUAGCGUAUCUCACUAUGCUCGGCCUAUGAAAAGUUGCUUGCGCAGCCCGUCGUCCGAUGAAAGGAACAGCCACGGCAACCAGCAGUACUCGGUAGAAGAGGGUGAUUUCAUCAUCUAUGCGCGACACGACAAGAGGUUCAAGUGGUCACGCGUCGAGCAAGAGUUUGCUGCUCUGUUUGGUCAGACUCCCAAACGGUCAGCUCAAGGCCUUCAAGCCUGGCAUUACCGUAUGAACAACCAUAUUCCAGUAUGGGAUGAAGACGGGUGGCUAUGCUUCGACAGUGAAGAAAGUGACAAACCAAGUCAAACCGAUAUCAAGUCCCAUCGACUAAGUAACCACGGACAGUCAUCAGAGCUGUUAGGUAUUGCACAGCGAUAUCCCGAACGGGCUGUGAACUACACGUGGGUUGAUGCCGAGACGAAGAAGCAGGCCAAGGAUUGGGCUGCCAAGAGAAGUUUGCAACUUGAAUUUAGAGAUCGACGACGAAGAAAGCGAAUAGCACGAGCACUUGCAGAGCAACCACACAACUGA